AUGACAGAGCCUGGGCGCAGCACGAGGCCCGGCGUCCUGCACGGGACCUCGGCGCCGUUGGACAACGCGCUGCGAACCGAACUGUACGCCGCCAUCGAGGCCAUUUACGCGGCGGGUGGGUCCGACACGUCCAGCAAGCCCGCCGCCAACGACCACCAUCAAGAUGAGCCUGAUGCUGCCUCCAGGCGGCUGUCCGAGGUUCUCAAGUUCUGGAGCUCGAGGAUCGAGGCGCGCAACCUGCUGCACCAGCGGGCCUUCUACCAUCUCCACCCGCCCGCGAACAUCCGGGACUUUGAGAGCUGGGUCUUGGCCCGGGACAUGUGCGCCGCGGAUGCCGCUCUUGUCGCCCGACUGCGCUGCGAGUGCCCCAAGGCCGGCUUCGAGGUUCUCCCCGUGGUCCUGGAAUACACCGGGACUGCGUGCCAGUACAACGCGUGGGUGUCCAAGGAGCAGUCCAACGGCCAUGCCUCGGAACCUCAAAUCGGAGAGGACGGGUUCUGGAAGACGUACCAGCACGUACGCCACACGCCGCACGUCUACCAGUCCAGGGGGUUCUCGGGAGCGAACCUUGCAGAGGAAAUUGACUGCAAGGAAGGCAACGUCCUCGACGAGAGGAACAUUGCGUGGGAGCGUGCCCGCCGCGGGCUGUUCUUCUGGCAAGGGCCCCAGGAGCAGAGGUAUUUCGAUGAAGAGCGCCAGGCUCGCGAGAACAACCCCAAGUGGUAUCAAAAGAUCGUCCCCGGGACGACUGCCGACCUCGGCAAGUACUUCGCACCUGCCAUCAUGAUCGUGCCCACGAGCACGCAACUGGAUCUUGUUGAUUUCGCGGAAAACCCGCAGCCCUACGCCAACGUCUGGUGGCACUUACUCAAACAGUGCGAGGCCCCGGUGAAGCGACAGGAGCAUUUCCAAGCCCUGGAGGCGCUGUGCGAUUACGUGUUCCCAAAGGAGAGCGAAGCACCGGCGGAAACCCGAAUUCUCGGCAUGAGGGUCAGCAACCGAGAAGAUUGGAUCAAGGCGCUGGAUCCUCUCAUCAUGGGCGACUUGAUUGUGGUCUCCCUGGUCUUCCGGGCCCAUUCACUCUUCGAGCGUCUCGCUGCUAACACGCCGGUGCACCCAACAAUCAAUUACGACUUGUUGUGUCAGAAUGCCGACAGGACGGGAUAUCCCGCGGCGAAAGCCCUCGGGGCGUUGCGCCGCUUCUUUCUCAAGAACGCCCACUUCUUACACGUUGCCGCCCCGAUGAACAAGAUGCCGGUAGACUUUCAGAAUGUCGAGGCCACCAACGUCGCCAAGGAGCUGAUCAACGAGGCCAUGACCUUGCUGAAGCCUCCAGUCACAGCGAACCACGGCCGCGUUAUCGCGGACUUUUUGAAGUUCUUUGAGAACUUUGACGACUGGCACAAAAUGGUCAACUCGGCCGUAUGUGGAUCUCGCGAGCUGCGGAAACAGGUACCCUUCAUCUUGGGUCUGCUGAACAGGCUGCUCGAUGUAGCAAAGCGGGAAAACCUUCCCCUUGAUCAGGUGAAGAUGUUCUACAACGAUUACAAAAUGCCCAUCAUCAGCGCUCCUCCAGGGUUGGUAAGCCAGCUCGUCAGCAACGUACUGAAAGACGACAGCACCGAGGCGCAAACCGCAAGACAGACGUGGUGCGAAGACGAGCCGUCGGCUGAGCUUCUCGAGGGUCAGAGCCAACCGCCCCCGACAAGCUUUACCUUGCUCGCCGGCCUGUUCAAGGGUCUCGACCGGCUCGACAUGACGUCUGAACUAUCUCACCUUGUCAUGUACAUUGUUCACCAUCAGGAAGAGAUCAAGCCGAUACACAUGGCUCCUCUGUGGCUGCCUUGUCUCAAAAGUCUUCACGAUCUCGUAGAUCCGAGUCCUGCAUUCCAGAAGCUCUUCCAGGCUAUUUUCGGUCUGUACCACAAGAUGGUGUUUGAUGACGCUUCCCUCCAGUUCGAGGACGCUCCUUCGUCCAUCACGCCGCUGCGGCCCUGCUGCGCCGACUGCAAAUACCUCGACGCCUACUUUGAACAGCCCAACUGGAAAAAGUUCCAUCUGGUGAAGCCAAAGAAGGUCAUUGACCAUAUUCAGGAGCAGCUCCGCCAGCAGAGGAAGCCCAUCGAGACGACAAUCUUUGGCAAAAACGAAAUGUCCAUCACGAUGCAGCUGAACAAGGUCUCUCUGGUGAACAAGGAGCUUGGCAAGAUUGAAGCGUUGCGCAGACAGGAGGCGUCCAGAACCGUGCGGCAGUUUGAACCGUCGAGGUUGCUGCCCUUCCUCGGCGACAAGGGAGACAUCAUGUGGAAACUGGGCGAUGCUGAUUCCGCGGAUCCCGUCCAGCGCACACCAGCGAGGCCAUCACUUACGUCCGCCAGCGGAUCUGGGCUUUCUCGGACCAGCUCGUCGUCAUCUGCGAAUACUUCCGUCUCCACGGCGACCCCUAGCAGGAGCGUUCGAGAGACGGCCGUCAAGAGAGAGCCAGGGGCAAGUGCUAGAACCACGGUCGGUGGCUUGGUUACACCAAAGACUGAACCGCGCAUCGAGCUCGCGCGCGUCAAGACUGAGCACACUCCCUCAAGCUCUUCGCAGCGCGGCCAAUCCAGAAGCAUUCGCGAUAUGUUCGCGUCAGUCAAGAAGGAGAAGACGCCGGGAAGCGCCCAGGCCAAGAGCGGGCUGUCUACGAGGGAUCGUCUCAAGAAUCUUCAACCGCCCCGACGAGAGCAGUCUACGCCCAAGUUUAACGACUACUCGAAACCGCCGAUGGGCUCCCUUGAUGAUGCGGGAGCGAGCAGCAGCUCCAAAGCGCCCGAGCCCAUCGUCAAACGGGACCCGCUCGCAUCGUUUGGCGGCGGCGGUACGCGGAACAGGGAGCCGGUGCGCAACGGGAUCCGGAAGAGCGGACUUGCGCGUGACACCAAAACGGCGCCACUGUUGAAGACGGUCAGCGGUUUCGCAAGCAGACACAACGCCAUCCCCGGCCUGUCAACGACCUCGCCCCUGAACACCACGCCCGGGUCGUCAGCAUCCACAUCGCGGGCGCCAGAUUUCAUGUCAGCGGUCCUGGACGCAGAAAAAGCCCGCAAGAAGCGGUCUUCCAAAUCGACGUGGGAGGUGAAGACGGCCGCCGGAAACGUGGUGAGCGCCGGAACGUCCUCGGCCAUGGCCAAGUCGCGGUUCGACGGCCUUGCUAAGGACAAGGAGAACACGACGCGCCGUACACAAUUUGGCACGUCAGCAGCCGGCCGGGCCGCAAAUGUCUUGUCUGCGCGCUCGCCCAACAUUGGCAGCUCUUCGGCAUCGACCGCGAGCAAGAGAAAGGCGGACGAUGAUCUCAUCGACCUCUGCGGCAGCAGCAGCCCCGAGCGCGCCAGCAAGCGCAAGAAGAGCGCUGCUACUUUUGACCCUUUUGAAGACGACGACCCCUUUGCGGAUAUGUAA